CGAACAAAUAACAAAUCACCAGUGUACAAGAAACUAAGGACAUACUUCAGUUUUAAUCGGCGAUAUUUUGCGAAAAGCAUAUAAUUAUCAUGAGGACAUGGCAGGUGCUUGUUGUGGGUAUUGUCAUCCACACAAUAUUUUUCUACUCCAUCUUUGACAUCUAUUUCACAUCCCCCGUUGUUCACGGGAUGACCCCCCACCACUCCACAACCCCACCCCUGGCUAAAAGACUGGUGCUGUUCUCUGCUGACGGCCUCAGAGCUGAUAAGAUGUUUGAGCUGGACAAAGAUGGAAACACAAGGAUUCCUUAUCUAAGGAGUAUGAUUGAGAAGUCAGGAUCAUGGGGGGUAUCACACACGCGAGUGCCGACUGAGUCUAGGCCAGGUCAUGUGGCUCUCAUUGCAGGCUUCUACGAAGACGUCAGUGCAGUCGCUAAAGGCUGGAAGGAAAACCCGGUAGAGUUUGAUUCCCUGUUUAACGAGAGCCGCUACACUUGGUCCUGGGGAUCGCCCGAUAUUCUCCCGAUGUUCUCUAAAGGUGCGACAGGAGACCAUGUGUUUACAAAAUGCUAUCCUGCCCACUUUGAGGAUUUUGCACGUGGGGACAGUUCCGGACUCGACACCUGGGUAUUUGACGAGUUUCAGGAGUUUAUGAGGGAUAGUAUGAAGGACCCAGAUAUGACAGCUAGACUUAACAAGGAUAAGGUCGUGUUCUUCCUUCACCUGCUUGGCCUGGACACCAACGGACAUUCCAUGAAACCACACUCUGAUGAGUAUCUGGAAAACAUCCGACUGGUGGAUGCAGGGAUACAGCAGGUUGUCGAGACGAUUGAAGAGUUUUAUGAGCAAGAUGGCCGUACUGCCUAUGUUAUGUCGUCUGACCAUGGCAUGACUGACUGGGGUUCUCACGGGGCAGGUCAUCCCAGUGAAACAUUGACCCCACUUGUGGUGUGGGGUUCAGGGGUCAAAGGGGCUCGGAGAAGCAAGGACCAGCACUUCAAAGACAACUUUUCACAUGAUUGGAAGCUGGACCACAUAGAAAGAGUAGAUGUUGAGCAGGGUGACAUUGCCUCGCUAAUGGCUGCUCUGAUAGGUGUAAACUUUCCUAUGAACUCUGUGGGGGUUUUGCCAUACCAAUACCUGGAUGCGAGUUCUGGGGAUUUGGCCGAAAUUAUGUACGCCAACACACGCCAGCUUCUGGAACAAUACAAGGUGAAGAUGGACCUAAAGAAGUCGACCACUCUGUCAGCAGCCUUCAGACCUUUCCCUGAGCUUACUCCAGCAAAACUGAUCGAGAGUCACCGGCACAUUCGGCAGCUGAUCCAGUCAGGUCAUUAUGAGGAGGCUGUUGAGGAUUGUGUGCGUAUCAUGAGAGUUGCUUUGAAGGGUCUCAACUACUACCAGACAUAUGACAGGCUCUUUCUCGGUGUAAGCGUGUGUUGUGGAUUCCUGGGCUGGAUGGCUUACACGCUCAUGCUGGUAUUUGAGCAACAUUCGGGGGUCGUUAAGAGGUCAUCAUGGAAACAAGAGUCACAUGAUGCACUGGUUAUCGUAGUCUUUGGCUGCAUCGGUGUAAUAGUUGCCGUAUUGCUCUAUGUUCAGUCCCUUCCCUGGACUAACUACCUCUACUGCUUGAUACCUGUCACUCUCUGGAUGGCAGUAGUGCUCAGACGUGAUGUUCUAGUGCAAGUAAUAGACUACACGAUCACAAUGAAAAACAGGACGUCCUUUCUUGUUGCUGUUCUAGCCAGUCUUGUGGGACUUGAGAUUCUGGUGAUAGGGUUUUUCUUCCGGGAAAUGUUGUCAGUGGGGCUGGCCUUGAUUGCCAUUCUUCCAUGGAUAUCACUAGACCUGCCCGCACUUCCCGCCAAGGGCCAGUUGCUGGGCUGGUCAUUCUGCUGUAUGCUACUGGCCAUUUUCCCCAUGCUACCGGUGGUCACUGGAAAACGGUCUACCGAAUAUGUGUUGGCUGGUGGAGCGAUAGUUAUCCUUAUUGGAGUAAUAUCGGGCUUCAGGUCAAAAUCUAGUUCAAGUGACGUAAAACCUGCAAGAAAGAAAGAAGACGACAGUUCAAUGUUACCAUAUGUCCAGCUGAUUGGUGUCCUGGUUGCCACAUAUUUCUCUGUGUGGGAGGUGAACAGUGGCUUGUCUCCAUGGCAACAGGGUGUAAGCUGGCUUCUACUGGGUGUGUCAGUGUUGGAGCCACUGUUGACGUCCAGCCACGUGUCCACCAGACUUCAGGCCAUCUUUCUCGCAUUUGCCGCGCCCUACAUUCUACUUAGUGUCUCUUAUGAGGUUCUGUUCCUAGUGGUUCUUGGGUUGACCAUGCACCAAUGGCUGCAGGUGGAGUUUGGUCUUGUAUCCUGGGCAUCCAAAACACUCACAGGGGUGGAUGUGUAUGAUUUCCAAGAGAGAGCCAACCUUCAUUUACCGGGCCACAUGCAUUCCAGAAACUACCUUGUCAUAUCCGACAUCCAGAGGGCUUUCUACUUUAUUUUCUUUAUCCUGACAUCAUUCUUUGGAGUGGGAAAUAUAGCCAGCAUUAACAGUUUUGACCCCGCAGCUGUGCUAUGUUACAUAUCAGUGUUUUCCCCUUUCACCAUGGGAGCGUUGUUGUUGUUUAAGAUCGUGAUUCCAUUUAUCCUGGUCACUUGCACGUUACGAGCUGUGCACGUGAUCUCGUGCGUUCCAGUUGACGGCCUCUUUCUCAUCAUCAUGCUCAUGUCCGACUGCAUGGCCUUGCACUUCUUUUUCCUGGUUCAGGACUACGGCAGCUGGCUGGAUAUUGGGACAAGUAUCAGCCACUACGUGAUUGUCAUGUGUAUGAUCAUCUUUACUAUGGUCCUCUUUGGAGUCACCCACUUCCUCACUACCACCAACCUUCUAUCUCCUAGACGCAAACGAAGGGUGGAGUGACAGCUGUUAUCACCAUGGUCACCAGUCAACAAUUGUCAUUUAAAAAAGGAGAAUUUGGAGUCACCAACUUUAUCACUACCACCAACCUUCUAUCUCCUAGACGCAAAUGUAGGGUGGAGAGAUAGCUGUAAAUAUUAAAGUCAACAGUAAACAUUUGUCAUUUAAAAAAGGAGACUUUGGAGUCACCCACUUUCCUCACUACCACAAACCUUCUAUCUCCUAGACGCAAAUGUAGGGUGGAGAGAUAGCUGUAAUCAUUAUGGUCACCAGUCAACAGUUGUCAAUUGAAAAGGAGACUUUGGAGUCACCCACUUCCUCACUACAGCAAACUUUUUAUCUCCUAGAAGCAAACAUAGAGUUGAGUCACAGCUGUAAUCAUUAUGGUCACCAGUCAACAGUUGUCAUUUGAAAAAAGGAGACUUUGGAGUCACCCACUUCCUCACUACCGCAAACUUUUUAUCUCAUAGAAGUAAACGAAGAGUAGAUUGAAAGCUGGUAUCAUAAUGGUCAUCAUUGUCAUUUGAAAAAGGAGACUUUGGGGUCACCCAAUUCCUCACUACCACAACCCUAUCUCCUAGACGCAAACGAAGGGUGGAGUGACAGCUGGUAUCAAUGUGGUCACCAGUCAACAGUUGUCAUUUGAAAAGGAGACUUUGGUUUCACUCACUUCCUGACUACCGACUACUUUUUAUCACCCAGACGCAAACAUAGAGUGGAGUGACAGCUGUUAUCAAUGUUGUCAGCAGUAAACAUUUGCCAUUCGAAACAGGAGACUUUGGAUUCACCUACUUUUUUCACUGCCGCAAACCUUCGCCCAGACCUAAAUGUAGAGUGGAGCGAAAGCAGUGAUCAUUAUAGUAACCAGUCUACAAUUGUAUAUGACAUUGAAUAUUUGUCUUCUGUGUUAUUUGUGGUUUGCAUAUUGCAUUUGAUGUAAUAUGCACUUGCAGCGUAUUUAUUUUUAAAUCUCUUUAAAAGAAAAUAUAUAAUAUAUAUUAUACGCCAAUGUACAAUUAAGGGAGCACAGGGGCAGGGUGCGUUGUGAUGCCACACCCGUAAAGCCAAGCCUUUAUAAUAUUUCACUAUUCAGGCAAAAAAGGUUAAAGGCUUAGGUUUACAAGUUAUCAUGGGGAAACUGUAACUUUAUAUAUUAAUGAUAUUAAAAAAUAUUAUUAUUGUGAUUUAUUACCUAUUACAAUUCACCAACUUAAGUACACUACCAACCACGCAUUUUUUUGCAAAAUAUAAGUUGCCACCGCUGGAGAGAUUGCGUAAUCGCGGAUAUUCGCUGCGAUUUAUUCCGCGGAAGCCAACCCGGUGAUGCGCGUCAUCGCCGUGUUCAUCUGCUGCUAUCGCGACCGAAAACAUACACGCGGCGUAUCGCCGCGAUACAGCUUACCGCGAUAUGCAGGUAUUUAACAGGUAACGGUGGUACAAUUAGAAAACAACAACAUGUAAAUUGAACCGUGCUCGCAGUAUUGAUUUCGUUCUAUUGCGAGGGUAAACACUUUCAUCUCCAAAACUUGAUAAUUAUGUCGCUGGUUUUUUGAGUGUUUGUUAAACAAAGUAUUUUUUAUAAGUGAAUUGACUCAAUAUAGUAAUUAUUCACAAUCACACAAGUUUAACGAGGGCAUUCGAAAUUUAGAUUUUUUGGAACAUGGUGACAAGAGCAUCACAGUUGCAAAGCAUAAUUUUCUGGGAUCAAACUACGUUUUGAGUGCGAACCAAGAUUUGUAGAUUACGGGUCGACUUUUUUAUGAGUUUAAUAAAACUGACUAGAAUUUUAUGUAUAGUACGGGAACAAAAAAAAGCCUUCAGAGAAUUGACAGCAACCUUAAUGACCGUUAAUUAACAAUUAGCAACGCGGCUUAUCGCGGUGACUCGACGCGGUGGAACGCGGGGGAAAGUAUAGGUAUGAACUUGGACAUGGGCAUUAUGCUUUAAUCGCCGCGUAUAGUGAAAAUUAGAUUAAAAAGAUAACGUCUGCGGUAAGACAAAAUCGCCACGAUGUGCGAAAUAUAUAUAAAAAAGCUCGCGUGGUUGGUAGUGUACCUCUUUGCCAUUACUGUAAUUGAUAACGGCUUGCAACCUGCCCCUGUUGAAGAGAUGGCUUUGUUUGUGAUAUAUUUUGGUGCAUUUUUCAUAUUUGUAAAAUUAGUAUAGACCCUGGGAAAUUAGUAAGUACGCAAUUAGAAUCAAAUACUGAUAUGAAUAGGUCCUUGUAUUGUUUAGCUGUUUUGUUUUAGUGUUUUCAUAGCCUUGAUGCCAUUGUAAGGGUUGAUGUACAUGUUUUAACCUUAUCGCCUUGCAUGAUACAUAUGUUGCCAGAGACAAUACGCUCAUGUCAAGCAAGGUCUAUAGAUCUGACUUAUAUAAUUGUAAAGGUAAUGUGUAUGCCACGUGAUAAAUUACGUCAUAUAUGCUACGUCGGAAGCCAACAUUUUGCAUAAAAUGAAGACUUAAAUCAAAGAUAACUUUUCUUUUACUACACCAUUUUAAAUAAAACAAAGGGCAGUCUAUGCCACUUAAAUAGCCCCGCCUUCGUUUUAUUACCGAAGUUUGAUUAGGUGAUUAGUUUCCUCAAACACUUCAACAAACCAGUUUCCAUAAUAAUGUUUUGACAGUGCUUCGUCAGACGGCCGUAUUGUGAAAAGGUUUUUGGAAGUGUUUGAAGAAACUCACGGAGAGAAACUUUAUAAGCUAUGCUUUCGUUUCAAUCCGAUUCAAUAUAUUAAUGUAAAUACUUAAAUUAUAUUUAACGUGUAUUAUAUGUGUAUAUAGAUAUAUAGAUAUGUUGAAUAAAAUAUGUUUAAACCAAGAAA